AUGCGUGUCCCCGAUGUUCACCAAACUCCGAGAGAGAUUGAGCUUAUGGGAGAUGUCGCGAGGGAAAUGUACCCAGAUUUUCGAUUGGUGGCACGUGAUGCACCUCUUCCGAUCGUGGGAUUCGAUUAUUGCGCGUCACUAGACGAGAUACCACCCGAGGAGGACAUCCUCAGUGCGGAAGUGCCUUUGGCACAGCGAGGAGCGAUCCUUGAUGAGAUUAUGAACGACGAGCAGGACACAACCACCGACACGGAGAGUGCUGGAUUUAGGUCCAUUCUAGAGGGUGAAAUCGACGGUGGCGAUGGAGCAGAAGAGCCAGCGGGCGAAUCUGAUUCCGAUGAGAGUACUGACUCCGAUGAAGAGCCUUGUGGAGGACGAACUUUCGAUCCUCUACCAGUGGCAACUAAGCGCCGUAAGUUCCUGAGAUGGCGAACCAAGGCUCAGAGUGCAAGUUACUUCCGCAUAGAUCAUGAGGUCGGUGGUGCGAUGGAACGUGCAUUCACUUCUCUCCGUUUGGAGUACCCCAGGGCAACUGCCGCCGAACUGUUGAAACUCUAUACUCGUGAUUAUCUCAUGAAAGAACGUGCGAAUCAUGAGAUCGAUGGCAGAAGACCGAUAUCUUAUCAUCCGACGUCCAUCUUAUACGUAGAGCAGUGGCUUUCAGGAUACCGUAAGCGUAGCUCUUUCGCAGGAUCGGCUGGAAGCUUCAAUCUCAAGAGUAUGGAAGCUUUCGGGAAUCUCGAGAGAUCACUCGCAGCUCAGUCUUCGAAUAAAUCCCCGACUGAGGCGGUGGUCGUGGUUCACGAGCACGCGACUUUGGACAGCGGACCUGCAGAGAUAACAGCCAAUGAUCUACAGGAUGAGUUAGAGACUCGGCCGCGUAAGCGAAUGAGAAUCAGCCCGGCCGAAGGCCCUGUGCAGCAAGCAAUACAGACUCGAGCGCAAGAUCAAGUGCCCCGGCAGUCUCCAAGGGAAUUCAAGGGUCGGAAAUGUAGGUUUUGCGGGAAAAUACUCCGAAAAGGCUUCAACGAGCAUAUCUACGAUGGGAGCACUCACGGAUUAUGUCCCUACCGUGAUGCGGCUGCAGAAAACAAAAAGGAUGAGGAGAAGAAAUUGGAGGACGAGCGCGUUGAAGCUGCCAUACAGCAGGCUUUGAUGGCCGAUACCUUGAUGGGCGCAGACAAAACUGGUCGUAAAUGUUCGAAGUGCCGAAGACCGUAUAAAUCAUGGUUAGUUCGCAAAGGGCGCUCGUUGCAUCACCAGCAGUUUCGAGCUCCAGUGGGCAACGAUAAAUAUACACAAGUUAUUUGGUGCCCACUCUUGGAUGGUGAAGAGGAACUAGAAACUCUCCAGAACGAGCAGAUCCAGAGGAAGCGCGAGCGCUGGCGGGAGGCAAACGAGAGGAAGAAGAACAAAUGA